GCAGGCAGCUAGUAACCCGCAACGCUUGAUGGCGGGCAUUAUUUUCAUUCAAAGCAAACAACCACCCAGAAGAGUAGUUAGGCUUCUUUUUCUCCGGGCUUCGACCGCGCGCUGUUCAAGGCUCAGCAGAAAAUCGGGCGAUAAGCAGAACAUCCACAAUUCCGUUAACUAGUCCACGUCUAUUUGCUGGGCCAUCCUCGCUCCUUCUGGGUGCCCUAGUUAAAACCGAGCAACCGACUAAACUAAAGUCAUGAACGCCGCGAUGCAGCCCAACUACCGUGGAUACCCCCCGACCACUCACCAUCGUCCUCCUGCCACUCCGCGUCGAGGUGUCCCAAUCCCUGGCCCCAUGAUGCCGGUCCCUCUCGCACAACAUGCAGUUCCGAACCCUCAGCUCGCUCAGCGCAAUGUCCCCAAUCCUAUAGAUACUGCCUUGCGACGGAGUCGGAAACCAACAGACAAAAAUCUUCCAGAUGGGUUGGAGGAGUCAAUCAUAGGAGAUGGUGUUACCCAGUACAAAAAUAUGCGAGAUGUCGAGAAACGUCUGGAUGCGGCGAUGAUGAGGAAGAGAUUGGAUAUUCAAGAUUCCGUCAAUAGAUCCGUGAAAAGAUUCCGAACGUUGCGGGUAUGGAUCUCGAAUACCGUAGAAAACCAGCCGUGGCAGCGGGAACCAGGACAGGACGGUAACGGGAGCGGGCGUUACAAGGUCAAGAUCGAAGGAAAGUUGCUUGAUAACCAACCCGAUACCUUUGAUUCAGAAGGAAGCGACAGCGACGACGAACAAACUAAGACGAAUGGCCAGAGAGACCCAGAUGCGAUGGAGGAGGACUUGCCGCAAAAGCAGAAAAAACGUACCAAGAAACACUCUCUACCACAACGGAAGCGCCUGUCCCAUUUUUUCAAGUCAAUCACCGUUGAACUUGAUAAAACCGCGCCCUCUGGCGUCGCAGAUCUAGCGACUAUCAAUUGGACAAAACCUGCCAUACCUUCCAGUGCGGUGUCAUUACCCCCCAGCGCGGAUUUUGACUCUCUUGAGUUUUCUCGGGCUGCGGAAGUCAAUCUCAAUGCCACAAUCAGUCUCGUAAGAGACGAGAACCCAGAGCGUUUCAAGCUAAGCAAAGAACUAGCGUCCAUCCUGGAUACGGAUGAGGAAGCCCGCGGCGGCAUUGUCCUCGGCAUAUGGGAGUAUAUAAAAGCGAUGGAGCUUCAAGAAAGUGAAGAAAAACGCGCAGUACGAUGCGAUGAUCGACUGAAAGCCCUCUUCAACCGAGAUAAAAUGUUCUUCCCCGCCAUCCCCGACAGCGCCAGCGCCCACACCUCUCCCCUCGACCCCAUCAAACUCCCCUACACAAUCCGCGUCGACCGCGAAUUCCACACCAACCCAACACCCACGGUCUAUGACAUCCGAGUCGCCGUCGAUGAUCCUCUCCGCGCCAGAAUGCUCGCAAUCACAACGACACCAGACUACCCCAACAUGCUCCGUCAAGUUGCCAGUCUCGACGACCAACUCGCCCUCGUUGUCCAGGCACUCACGCACUCCAAGGCUAGACACGCAUUCUUCCAAUCGCUGAGCCAAGACCCGGCGAACUUCAUCAGGCGCUGGACGAGUAGUCAGAAACGGGAUUUGGAAGUUAUUAUGGGCGAAGCGACGCGCGGUGGCGGGGAGGAUGGGAGUGGGGCGGAGUUUAGACGCGGGGGAACGAACAGUGCUUGGGAUACGCCUGUUGCUGCGGAAGCGGUGAGGUAUAUGCUUGCGAAGCCGGGGCGGUAGGUCCAGAGACGCAGAACGGAGAUAGGGAAGGUUGUUGUGAAAACUCGAGUUUUUGAGUUGGGUUGGGUUUCCCAAAUUCAGGAACCUCUACGAAGCACUGAUUACACUGCGACGAGUUAGUUCCGGACCCUGUGAAGGCUCAGAUUAGAAGGGGGGAUGGAUAUGUGAAGCCUAUAUUAAUCUUUUAUGAUAGUUUUGGCUCGGCGUGAAAUUUCAUUUGAAUGGGUAGAUGGGAUUAUUGUUCCUUCUAUAAAGAUUCAAUUUUCAAUUUUUAUUCUCCAUAAGAAUUGUACGUGUACUGAGUAAAGCCAUGAAGUUGGAUAUAUCUAAAGUAUCCCCACUUGAUGCAAGUAUAGAUCUUGAAUAUGAGUCUUGAGAAGAAUGUGAUAAAAAUAGAAAUUGAAAGCAUAAUAGCUAUAAAAGAAUUCUUUAACAACUAUAAUUCAUUUUUUACAGAAAUGAAAAAGUAAGAAAAGAAAUACUCCAAUUUGAGAUAUGUGAUUACAGCCA